UGGGCGGCCGCCUGGCGCGACCCCGCGGGGCGCGAUCCGCCCCCCUCGCUCGGGCCCCGGCCCCGCGCCGCGCGCUCUUCACUUCUUGGGGGCUUUUUAAAACAGCGCCACUGGGGUCUUCUCCAUGCGGCUCGGGCUAUGACAGCCUCCGUGCUCCUCCACCCCCGCUGGAUCGAGCCCACCGUCAUGUUUCUCUACGACAACGGCGGCGGCCUGGUGGCCGACGAGCUCAACAAGAACAUGGAAGGGGCGGCGGCGGCUGCAGCAGCGGCUGCAGCGGCGGCGGCGGCCGGGGCCGGGGGCGGGGGCUUCCCCCACCCGGCGGCCGCGGCGGCAGGGGGCAACUUCUCGGUGGCGGCGGCGGCCGCGGCUGCGGCGGCGGCCGCGGCCAACCAGUGCCGCAACCUGAUGGCGCACCCGGCGCCCUUGGCGCCAGGAGCCGCGUCCGCCUACAGCAGCGCCCCCGGGGAGGCGCCCCCGUCGGCUGCCGCCGCUGCUGCCGCGGCUGCCGCUGCAGCCGCCGCCGCCGCCGCCGCGUCGUCCUCGGGAGGGCCCGGCCCGGCGGGCCCGGCGGGCGCAGAGGCCGCCAAGCAAUGCAGCCCCUGCUCGGCAGCGGCGCAGAGCUCGUCGGGGCCCGCGGCGCUGCCCUAUGGCUACUUCGGCAGCGGCUACUACCCGUGCGCCCGCAUGGGCCCGCACCCCAACGCCAUCAAGUCGUGCGCGCAGCCCGCCUCGGCCGCCGCCGCCGCCGCCUUCGCGGACAAGUACAUGGAUACCGCCGGCCCAGCUGCCGAGGAGUUCAGCUCCCGCGCUAAGGAGUUCGCCUUCUACCACCAAGGCUACGCAGCCGGGCCUUACCACCACCAUCAGCCCAUGCCUGGCUACCUGGAUAUGCCAGUGGUGCCGGGCCUCGGGGGCCCCGGCGAGUCGCGCCACGAGCCCUUGGGUCUUCCCAUGGAAAGCUACCAGCCCUGGGCGCUGCCCAACGGCUGGAACGGCCAAAUGUACUGCCCCAAAGAGCAGGCGCAGCCUCCCCACCUCUGGAAGUCCACUCUGCCCGACGUGGUCUCCCAUCCCUCGGAUGCCAGCUCCUAUAGGAGGGGGAGAAAGAAGCGCGUGCCUUAUACCAAGGUGCAAUUAAAAGAACUUGAACGGGAAUACGCCACGAAUAAAUUCAUUACUAAGGACAAACGGAGGCGGAUAUCAGCCACGACGAAUCUCUCUGAGCGGCAGGUCACAAUCUGGUUCCAGAACAGGAGGGUUAAGGAGAAAAAAGUCAUCAACAAACUGAAAACCACUAGUUAAUGGAUUAAAAAUAGAGCAAGAAGGCAACUUGAAGAAACGCUUCAGAACUCGUUGCUUUGCCCAGAUAAUGAUAAUAAUGCUUAAUAAUAAUUGAAGAAUGGGAAAGAGAAAGAGACAGAGACUGGCAUUUUGCUCUCCCGAAGGAGAUCUCUUUCUCUUUAGUGGAAUCUACAACUGUUUUAAAACUUUAAGAAAGGUAAAGACUGCCAGUUCUUCCGCCAACCCCAUCAGCCCAGCCCGUUAAAUGUCAAACGUCAACCCCCAAAAUAUGCAAUUUCAGAUAAGUUACGCAGUUACUGAAAUCUUGUAAGUAUUUAAGUGAUCGUUAUAUUUUAGGACGCUGCGUUAGAUGGUAAUAAUCUGGAAGUUGGUUACAAACGCAAGAGGCCAUUGUAAACAUCUGCUUGUCCUUCUUAGGUCGCCAUUCCCUUUGCAUGUUAAGCGUCUGCUCAGGUAAAUCUUAGCGAAAUUCCUACCGUUGUUGUAUGUUCUGCAAAACAUUUUAUGUAUAGAUUUAGAGGGGAAACGAGAAGGCACUGAAAUAAUGAUCUUGGAAUAUUUGCUGUGAAGGGAGAAAGGGAGAGAAAACUCUUCUGAGGAUCAUUUGUCUUGGUAGUAUAGUAAAACCAACCAGCUGAACCUUUCAGGCUACAAGAGAACCCGGGUCGGUAAUGUCUUUUUAAGAAUUAUUUUUAAUUGCUUAUAACAAGCAUAUUUUGUGGCAUUUGAACUAUAUUUACUGCCCCAAUAUCCGUUAUUUUCCAAAGGAUUUUGUAUCUUUUUGAAAAUGUUUAAAUCAUCAGAUGAUCCACAGAAUUCACUUUAUGUGAGAUCUCCCGAGAGUUUCCAUCCCAACAUGAUGGGCUUUGGUUUGAAUACAAUUCGUUUUUUCAUUUGAAUUGGCAUUUCCCAAUAUUUGCUAAACAUUUGCUGGAGAAAUCAUUUUUCUUUUUUCUUUUUUAGAAAACUCAGAAUGAAAAUUCAUUCCCCUGAAAUAUUUAGAUGUCUACAUUCUAUAUUUUGAUCUAUUAAGAGAUUAGUAUUUUUCCAUGUUUAUUGUGUUAUCAGAGUGCAUUAGAAAGAUUAGUGAUUCAUCUUCACAGCACAUUUUUAAUCAAGCAGUUAUUUCAACCAGCACAUUCGUUUUGUUCAUAUUCACUAUAGAAUGAUAUCUUGUAAAUAAAGACAUUCAGCACACUGUGAAAACGUAUUUGUGCACCUGCUUUUUAAAUAUCUCUACUAAAAAUGAAAAAAAACCCUUAGACCUGUAGAUAGUGAUAUCGUAAUAUUAAUUCUGUUAAUAAAAUAGUCACUGCCAUUAAAAUCUGCAGAAAAUACUCUUUACUUUCCUAUGCUAAAUGUGCACUGCACAGAAAGAAAAGGAGCAGGUUUAUUUUAUAUAAACCAAGGACCAUUCUUUAUUAUUAUUCAGUACUUCUUUUGCUACCAAAUUUUUAAGAAAAGGGAGAAACCCCUCAUAACUAAAAUCCUAAAAAAUGAUAAGUGCUUCAAGGAGAUUAAAGAGUCAGGUAUUACAAAAGGGAGAGAAAAGAAAGGAGGAAGAGAUAGUAUGAAUUCCCAGGCUCCCUGUGGAAAAUGAAAACCAGUUGUUUUGUAGCAGCAAUGCGUAAGCUGUCGUAUUUUAAAAUCUGCUGUUGGGUCUGCAUGUGUCUGAGAGGGCAGGUUUUGAUAUUUGUUGAAAUGACAGGACUACGAAAGGCCUUAAACCUUGACCUUGACGAAAAAAAGACAAUUUGUGACCUUGACUUUUGACAGCUCAUGAAUUGGCCUUAGCUGGAUUAGUAGAUCAACGGCGCCACCUCGCGUUGACAAGCCUCCUUGUAAUUCUUCAACCAAGGGAAUCAAGAGCUCUUACCUCCUUGACUUUAGAGAUUCAGUACUCAAUUAUUUGGCUCCAGCUGGAGCAAAUUUGAAUAUAUGUAAAUUAUACAUGUCCCUGUAUAUAUGUAAAUAUAUAUAAUAUGUGUACACAUGUAUACAUUUGCAUAUUAGUGCUUGUGUGUGCUUGUAUAUAUAUUUGUAGAAUCUGUACAGAUAUCAUAUCAUUAAUUGCUAAUGACGCAAGAUAUUGUAAUUUAAGGUGAUUUCUAGAAUUGAGGUACAAAAUGUACUUUACAAGAUGAAGCCUUGUUCCUUUUCUCUAAUGGCCAAAUUUGAUUUGUCUUCACAGUGGCUUGCUCUGCAUCAGAUUUCUGCAGAUCUGCUUUAAAGCUGUACAUUUUUGUUACAGUCUAAGAUGUGUUCUUAAAUCACCAUUCUUUCCUGGUCCUCAUCCUCCAGGGUGGUCUCACACUGUAAUUAGAACUAUUGAGGAGUCUUUACAGCAAAUUAAGAUUCAGAUGCCUUGCUAAGUCUAGAGUUCUAGAGUUAUGUUUCAGAAAGUCUAAGAAACCCACCUCUUGAGAGACCAGUAAAGAGGACUUAAUAUUUCCUAUCUACAAAAUGACCACAGGAUUGGAUACAGAACGAGAGUUAUCCUGGAUAACUCAGAGCUGAGUACUGCUCCAGGGUGGUGUGCAAUCUUAUAUUGAUGCUUGUGAAUCUGCCAUUUGAUUUGUAGGAUAAAUAAAUAUGUUUAAUAUUAGCAACUUC